AUGAGUGCUCGACGUUGUCAUACUUGUCAAGCUGAUGUUCAAGACACCGAGCUGAGGAUUCAUCUGCGUUCGGAAUGGCACAUAUAUAACCUAAAGCGUGCCAUCGCCUCCCUGGCGCCGUUGUCCGAAGCUCAAUUCCAGAAGAAACACGAGCUGCUUGAUUCAGUUGGUGCAAGUGGUUCAGAUAGUAUUCCACAAGAUAAAAAGAACCUCCAUUGUGAGUCAUGCAGGAAAACUUUCAACUCUAACAAGUCAUAUGAGAAUCACGUCCGAUCACGGCAGCAUAAGGCCAGAUUGAGAGAAUUUGAGCAGAAGUACGAUGAACAGGAAGAAGCUGGCGUGACAAACAUGAAAGACUCGGACACUGAACGCGUUAACAGCACCGAUGUUGAAACAGUUAAUGGGGAGGAGAAUUUGGGACAACCUUUGCCGGUCGGUGCAUGCCUCUUUUGUAGUGUCUCCUUCGCAAAUUCUCUAAAACCCGAGUCUCGUGUGCUACGCCACAUGAAGGAGGCGCAUAAUUUUGUGUUGCCCUUUUCUGACAAGUUAGUGAACGCACACGGUCUGCUCACCGAAUUGGGUCGUUUGGUGGGAGAAGAGUUUGCUUGUCUUGGUUGCGGUCGAAAGUUCAACGGUCGGCGGACAAAUAGACACAAGCGUUCACUCUCGCAGUUGCGCCAAGAGGCCCUAAAAGCAGUGCGGAUGCACAUGGUUGAUAAGCAGCACAACUUUCUUUAUGUCGGUGAGGAGGAUCCUGUCGUUGUGGCACUGGCAGUUGCUGAGACAGUAGGAGAGGACGAAAAGAAGAGAGGGCAAUCUUUGCCUCCAAUCGCCCGUGUUGGGGGAGAGCUAUACAGUCAAUUUUACACCCUUGAUCGGGCCAACAGAACGGUCGUUUUGCCUGAUAAUGUAGAGGGAGGUGAGGAGGCUUACGAAGUUCGACUGCCAACGGGAGGUUUUAUGGGACACAGACGGUAUUAUCAGACAGUAUACCGACAGAAUGUUGGGUCUUACCUCUCUGAGGUGGCGGAGCGUCGGAAACGCCUUGCUCUAACGACAGGCAGUGAAGGUGUUGGUGGACGUCGGCUUUCCGCCAUAGAAACGAUAAGGCGAUGUGGCGACUUGGCAAACACCUCCUACGGCGCUCCAGGCGUCUCGCGCAUGGAAGCCCUUCAGCAGAUGUUGAAGUGGAUCAAGUCGAGCAAAGACGACCUUAAGCUGGGCAUGCGUGGAAACUACGUUCUGCGUGGACACUUUCGACGUCAGUAUUGA